AUGUCGAUGCCUCUUUUCUCCACUGGUCGUUCAGCCAUGAGACUCCAUGUGUUUCUCUUCACACUCCUCUUUUUGACACUCUUAUCCCCAGUAAGAAGUGGUAUGGCUUCUGCUGAAAGCCAUUGUCUAAAUCUGUCUGGCAUUUGCAGAAGAGACAUCUGCAAAAUCACAGAGGAUCAGAUUGGAGCCUGUAAAAGAAGAUGGAAGUGCUGUAGAUCUUGGUGGAUUCUGGUUCCAAUUCCAACCCCACUUAUCUAUUCAGAUUAUCAAGCACCCCUUAAGCAUAAGUUGAAGUGA